GAGCGCGAACGGGUGUUAAUUUUACGACUUUUGUAAAAUUCAUCACACGUCGAAGUCGACUAAUGAAACAGCAACGAAACAAAUAAACAAAAACAAUAAUCAUACAAUCGACAUAAAUUGUCAACAAUAGCAAGAAACAAUCAACUCCAACUGAAUCUCAAGAAACAGCAAUACCAAUAACAAAAUAUAAUCAUAAUAAAACUACAUACUAAACGGCUUUAUUUUUAAAUGUUUGGAAAAUAAGCGACUGUGUUUUAGUUAAUUGGAAAGUAGUUAGAAAAUUUGUUGUGUGUUUUGUAAUUUGUUAUCAAGUGUAUAAAAAGCAAUUGAAAGCAAAAAACAACAAAAUUGACUUUUAUUUUUAACGAUCUAAAAGUGCGCUAAAACAUUUGUGAUUCAAGUAUCAAAUCGAUGACUAUAUCUGUUCGUUCGAGGGACUUGGUGACUUAACAAUGGACUCCUUAGCCAUCUUCAUAUUCUUGUGGGCCGUCUUGGCCCUAUUCUCCGUUUGGCUGUGCAAGCUGCUCUACCACAAGUAUCUGAAUAAGGGCGCCAAUGCCGCCGCCUCUACCGGCAGUGCCGGCAACAGUCGCCAGGGCAGUGUGGCUCCUGGUGCCGCUGGCAAGCCAGAGAAGCGACUGUCCGAGCCACGCGAUCUGCUGGCCACCAAGAGCAAAGUCGAGGAUCUAUCGAAGCCACUAACCGGCGCGGGCGGUGCUGGCGCCGGUGCAGCAGGCCGCGGACGCUCCACAGCCUCGCCCAUGGGCGGCGCUGCGGCCGGUGCGCGUCGUCGCGUGGUGCGCCAGAGCUCUACGGGACCAGAGAACCGCAAGAAACGAUAUGUGCCACCGCCCUCCAAUGUGGUGGGGCCAGAAACGAGCUCCGUCACAUGGACCAGCCAAGUGUUUCGCUGGCUCUACAGCGAUCUAGUUAUAGUCAACGAACUGCUCAUGUCCUGGGUGAUAGCACUCAACGACACCUUGCGCAAAUCCGUCGAAGAGCAUGGCGUAGCAGUUGAGGUGGUGCGCGUACUGCCCGACAGCCCAGCACCGGCUCUAAAUAAUAUAUUUUGCAAUUGCGAGGAACAGAAUCCCGCUGAAAUGCUCAUCACCUUCGACUGCGAUGCGAUGCCGGUGCUGCAGGUGAAGACUUUCAGGCAGAAGUCGGGCAAGGUGGAGACCUCGCAUUACAAGGUCACCGUCUCCCGUUUCCGUGCACGCAUGUCCAUACCCAUCAACUACAAUACGCUUAAGGGUGAGAUGCGUGUGGACGGCUAUCCGGACGUGCGCAUUACCAUGAACAGUGUGGGCGCCAUCAAGCCCAUGGAUCAGGAUGAGCAGCAGCUGCAGACAGUGAUCACCGAUAUAUUGACGACGGCGCUGCGCGACACCGUCUAUCCGGUUGACUUCUCCAUCUACUCGACCUGCCCGCGCGCCGAAGUGGAGCCCCUCGAGUUGCCUGUAAUCUAUCCCGUGCACUAUGAUUCGCUGGCGCACAACAUGGAGAAUCUGGGCAGCGGCAUGCUGCGCGAUGGCCAGCACAUGGUAUCGGGUCGCCGCCUGCUGGUGAAGAUCGUCAAGGGCGAGGGACUGAGGGAUGCGCACGAGCCCUAUGUGGUCAUCGAGAUGGACGAGCCGGCGCAGAAGAACCAGACGGGCACUCAGCGAGGCAGCAAGCCCUACUGGGAUGAGCAUUUCCUAUUCGAACUCUCCCCACAAUCGGCUGAAAUACUGUUUGAGGUCUAUGAUCAUCCGGUGAUUGCAUCGGAUCCGCCCAAGUUCCUUGGCCUCGGCCUGGUCGGCAUUGACGAGCUGGCCGUGGGGCCCGCCUCCACGCAGGUGCUGCAGCUGCAGCCACGCCCCUACGAGACACAGCCCGUGACGGGCGCCAUCACCGUCGACUUUGUGUUCAUCGAGGGCGCCGAAAUCCCAGCCCAUGCCCGUCCCAAUCGCCUGAAGGAAGCCCUGCGCCUCAGCACGCCCGCCAUCAAUGAGCACAUACGCAACGGCGCCGACCUGGCCGACGCUGCGGUCCGUGCCCUGCAGGAUGGCACCCUCUCCGGCUCCACCGGCAGUGGCCAGCCCAGCAAGAGCACCCUCAUCAUACACAGCGUGCAGCGGAACUCGACCAAUCCACAUGCAUUUAAGGUCGAGCUGAACAAGGAUGGCCAGAUCGAGGUCACCGAGAGACCGUCGCCGACGGAGCUCGACCAGGCCGUCGCCCAGGCCUUCGAGCGUGCUGCCAACGAGGCUGCGGCCAAUGCGAGCUCGAUCGAUCUGGUGGACAGUCCGGGCAGCGACUCGCCCAAUACAACAGGUAACACAGUUAACACCAACGAGGAGACCACAGCCGAGUUUGGCCAGCCAAAUGCCGCCUCCUCGCCGAAUGGGAGUGGCUAUCACAACAACUACAGCCUGAAUGGCACAAGCAAUCUGAAUGGCAGCGGCAGCGGCUACAACUCGAACAGUUUGACCCGCAAUGGCGCCUCCUCGCCAUUCCCGAGCCAGCAGCAGCAGCAGUCGGGCUUGGAUCUGGAUGAUCGUGGUCGGAGCAAAAAACGUAAUUUCUUUGGCACCCUCAAGAAGCGUCUCAGUCGUUCUAAAACCCGCACCCUAUCGGCCGAUCAGCCCAAUAACAACAACCAUAAUUCACAAUCAGCCAAUAAUACAACAACAACAACAACAACAACAAAAGCAGGACUCACUCGAACAGCCACUGGAACCCACAAUGGUGAUUCUUCCCGUUCAUUAUCUGUCGAUCGUGCCACUCUGUCUAAAAGCAAUUCACUUGGACCCCGCAUGGGCAUUGGUAACUCCAUCACCGACCACUCACGACGCUCUUCAAUUUCAGAAUCCUCAGCCAUCUCCGGUUUCUCCUCGGCUAGCAACAAGACCUACGUACACGAGGCGUCCACCUUGGUCCUGGAGACAGUCGAAAAUGGCGUUAAGCGGCAUUUCAUCGUGCCACUGGCCAUUGCACAGAGGCCUCGCUGGCGUCGCAAGGGCACCAAGCUGCACAUCUACAACGAUCACACCUUCAUAGCCAAACAUUUGAGCGGUGGUGGCUUGCAGUGUUCGAUCUGCAUGAAGUCCAUACCCAGGCGGCCGGGCAAGCAGGGCUACGAGUGCCGCGACUGCCAGUUGAUAUGUCACAAGCAAUGUCACGUCCGUGCUCCACAGGCGUGUCCCAAUCCCACGGUGCUCUCCAUGGAACUAACGAAACUAAAUCUAACUGCUGCGGAUCGUAGCAGGAAAUUAUAAAAAAACCUACAAUAA